CCAACUUGAGAGAGAACCCUAAACCAUUUCCGCGGCGGCGUUUCCCCCUCCAAUCUCCUGAAUCAAUGGCGAGUCUCCGAGGAGUACUGCGCAACGUAUCUUCAUAUUGCCAAAGAUCCUUCUCUCAAUCACAUUUUGCGUCUUCAGGGCUGUUAUGUCGAUCUGUGGUUAAGCAUCCGAACAAUCUCGGUCAAAUCCAAGGUAGACUUUUCACGACGACGCUUAUGAAAUCGGGACCGAAGCAUAGCGGCACCGAGCAAGGUGUGAAGAGGAACAGUGCAGAUCACAGACGUAGAUUGCUCGCUGCUAGAUUUGAACUGAGGAGAAAGCUGUACAAAGCGUUUUGCAAAGAUCCGGAUCUUCCCAGCGAAAUGAGAGACAAGAAUCGUUAUAAGCUCUCGAAGUUGCCGAGGAAUAGUGCGUUUGUGAGAAUCAGAAACCGUUGUGUGUUCACUGGUCGAGGUCGUUCUGUGACAGAGCUGUUUCGGGUUUCUCGAAUCGUUUUCCGUGGAUUAGCAAAUAAAGGUGCUUUGAUGGGAAUUAAAAAAUCGUCUUGGUAGUCUAUUUGUGACCGAUCCAAGGAAGAAGAUGAUUGUGGAGAAAUGGGAGCAAGGAAUUGAAGAAACUUUUUUGUGGUAAAUACAAUUACCCAAGUAGCUGUUUGUAUGAUGGUGUAAACAUUUUUAACACCAUCACAAAACUUAGCUUGCUCUUUGUUUACGAUCUCUUUCUCAGUUAUUCUAGCAUUUCUCGUUGAAUAAGUUAAACACCA